CACAAGAUAAAUAUAUGAAUUGGUUUGACGUCUGAUAGUUUUACUGCUUAGCUGAGACUUGACCUUCAACAUCCUUUGCUUAGACCUUUGCCGAACCGCCUUAGGCGGGCGUGCUGCUGUAGAUUGACUGCAAAUGUUUUAUAGCAAGUCAAGACCACAGCAUGCAGCCCGCACAAACGUCGCGCAGGCACAGCAAACGGAGAAACCAAAGGUGCCGGAGCUUGAGGAGUUCCUAACGAAGCGUGACUAUCUUGGAGCGAUUGCGUUGCUGUCUUUCCGACGGCAUGCUAAUCGGCAUGACGUUAAAAAUUUAGAAUGGUUAGCUUACUGCUACUUCCAUUACGGAGAGCACGACAAGGCGCUGGCGAUUUACAAGGAGCUGCUGACUCAUGAUGACCCAGAUCCCAUGUAUUUCGUGUACUCCGCGGCGUGCCUCUACUACAUGGGGAUGUAUAAAGAGGCUGAAGAGACAGCGCAGCAGGGGCCCAAGUGCGCGCUGCAGACUCGCAUUCUGUUCCACAGCGCACAGCGACAGGGUAACGAUGAUAAACUGAUGGCUUACCAUGGCCAGCUGACGGACUCCAUCGAGGACCAGCUCACCCUGGCGUCGAUUCACUACCAGCGCAGCCACUUUCAGGAGGCGACGGACAUCUACAAGCGGCUGCUGCUGGAGCACCGAGAUUACUUGGCCUUGAACGUUUACGUUGCUCUGUGCUACUGCAAGCUGGACUACUACGAUGUCAGCUUGGAGAUUCUGGGGGUGUAUCUGAACGCCUUCCAGGACAGCGCCAUAGCCGUGAACCUCAAGGCCUGUAACCACUUCCGCAUGUACAACGGCAAGGCGGCGGAAGCAGAGCUCAAGACGCUGGCGGAGCUCAGUGGCGGCCAGCACUUGGACCACGACCUCAUUCGGCACAACCUCGUGGUGUUUAGAGGGGGCGAGAACGCACUCCAGGUGCUGCCCCCGCUGGGCGACAUCCCGCCCGAGGCGCGGCUCAACCUGGUCAUCCACCACCUGCGCCACCACGAGAUUGGGGAGGCGUACAUGCUGAUCAAGGAUAUGGAACCGUCCACGCCUCCCGAGUUCAUCUUGAAGGCCGUGGUGCACGCGAUGCUGGGCCAGGCCAAGGGUGACCCGGAGCACCUUAAAAAGGCGCAACAGUACUACCAGCUGGUGGGCGCCUCCGCCUCGGAGUGUGACACCAUCCCUGGUCGGCAGUGCAUGGCCAGCUGCUUCUUCCUCCUCAAGCAGUUUGAGGACGUGCUGGUCUUCCUCUCGUCGAUCAAGACGUAUUUCCUGAACGACGACGACUUCAACUGGAACAUGGGCAUCGCCAAGGCCGCCACCGGGAAGUACAAGGAGGCGGACGAGACACUGCUGCAGAUCCAGAACGACAAGUACCGGAACGAAUACUGUUACCUAUCUUGGCUAGCUCGGUGCUACAUCAUGAACGGCAAGAGCCGGCUGGCCUGGGAGCUGUACCUCCGACUGGAGACCAACGACGAGUCCUACCAGCUGCUGCAGCUCAUCGCCAACGACUGCUACAAGAUGGGCGCCUUCUACUUUGCGUGCAAGGCGUUCGACGUGCUUGAGCGGCUGGACCCGGCGCCUGAGUACCUGGAAGGCAAGAAGGGUGCGGCCUGCGGCGCCUUCCAAAUGAUCGUCGCCGGCAAGGAGCCCAAGGACUCGCUUCGAGACAUUAUCACGUUGCUGCGUGGCAACAACAGCGCGGACCAGUGCGAGCCCAUUGUGGCAGUGAUGCGCAAAUGGGCCAAGAACAACGGUGUCAAGCUAUGAAGGGUGGUGCAGCGGCAGCACGCAUGGUGGAAGGCAUGGUGGAGAGGAGCAAAGAGGAAGAGCGGCGAAAGGGAUCGCAACGAGCAAAGGACCCAUGGGUCGGUGUUGGCCACGACGGCUGCAAGAUGCCCGGGAAUACGCCUCGGGUUGGUACACCGCGGACAGUAGGGACAAAGGUUUACCUCGUUCGGGGGCCAGGCGCAUCCAUGGCGGUGGGCCCUGUAGCACAUGUUUUAUCAUCUUACUCAAGGGUAACGAAAUUCACAGGCGAAAGGAACCACCGAUGACUUGCAGUAUUUCUUCUUCGCCACCUUGCGUGGUGGACAUGUAUGCAUGUACAUAUUUGGAUACGAUAUAGCAGGCUACAGAAUGUGCGGUGGGCGUUGAUAGCAGGGGGACGCUGGAGCUCCGACGUAUUUACUUCGUGGGUACUGGCGGUUUCUCGUACAGACCAGUGAUUUCUUUCCUAACUUAAGGCGUGCGUUUUCAGUGCGUAAUGCCGAGGCCUCGUAUGGUGCCUGGUUGGGGAAACAGCGUGCAUUGGUUGUUUGCGGGGUACAUAAUGCAACUCGCGCUGGGCAGUGGUCACGCGGCGGAAAAAAAGCUGUUGUGCUACUGCUUGGACCGUAGAGAGGUGGCUGCUGGAAAAGGAAGGAUUUGGUGUGGUGCAGCAUGACACGGACUGUAACGUCCAGGACGUCGAUAGAGCACAAAGGGGAGGCGGAGAUUAAGCUCAUGCCCUCUUUGCGGGUAUUUGUAAAUGUUGGUCCUGCGG